GUGUUCGCCGUCACGUAGAGUCGGAGGCAGCGCACCGAUUUUUCCUUGUCUUGGAUUAAAUCCUCCGCUCACGUGUACUCUAGCGUGUUCGUCGGUCGGUAUCAGUGGCCGAGGAGUAGAUGAAAGUGAAGCGCCUUUGCGAUCGCCGCCUGCGACGACACCUGUCUCAAAUCUCCACCGAAUUUCCGGAAAAGUGCUAUGUGCUGCUGAACCGUCCCCAGGAAAAUGGACAUGACGCAGGCUUACUGGGAGGAAAACUCGGCCAACAUUCAAAGGGUCAAGUACGAAGGGUGCAAUUCGAAUGAUGAAUUAGGCCGACCCAAAGAUGAACGAGGUGUUUACCAAUGUUGCGAGACAAAUUUAAAUUUUUCCACGGCGACCUGUAGCGAGGACGACUCCGAAUACGGUCCUUACAAGAAAAACAAAGUGACAAGGCAAGACCCGAUGUCGCACCGAAUAAUCGAAAAGCGACGUCGAGACCGCAUGAAUAAUUGCCUCGCCGAUUUGUCUCGUCUCAUCCCGACGGAAUAUUUAAAAAAAGGCCGAGGUCGCAUCGAGAAGACCGAGAUCAUCGAGAUGGCCAUCAAGCACAUGAAGUACCUCCAGCAGGAGCACGGCAGCCCCUCGGAGCACUACCGCAUGGGCUACCAGGAGUGCAUGUCCGAGGCCAUGCGCUUCAUGGUGGAGGUGGAGGGCCACUUCCCCCGCGAGGGGAUUUGCGUCCGCAUCCUCAACCACCUGCAGAAGCACUGCGAGAGCUUGUCGCGGAUGGCGCAGCCCCCGGCGGCCGCCAAUCAGCCCGUUUUGGAAACAAGGAACUUGCAAGAAGGCGGCAGUCCACAGGUGCAAGUCCCUGACUACCAGACGCCCAAGACUGAGCCGAACAACAAUAAUGGUCCGUUCACAGUUAGUCUGAAUGAUACUGAAAACUAUGACAAACAUGCAGAAUGUAACGGAAAUGGGGUCUCUUACAAGUAUAAAAACAACAUAAAAAUGCGUUUCAGUCAGGAUUUGAGCGAAGGGAUCAAGAGGCAGAAGAUGGAGAACGGGCGCAGGGCGUCCGUCAACAGCGUCGAAAACCAGAGUUCCAGCCGUAGUUCCCCGCCUAGCAGCGAAUUGUUGACUCGAAUCUCAGAGCACGAGCCGUCGCGGACUUCCCCCACGGAGAGCACGUCCUCGCUCAACCACCUGAAGAUCGAGCCCAUUCCGCGCAACGAGCUACGGCCCUACUCGCCUCGAACCUCCCUGGACAAGAAUUUCAACGUUCCGAUAUUCGUUUUACACGCAAAAGGAUCCUACUAUGUCCCUCUGACGAUAGACUACAAAACUCUGUUGCCGUUUUUGCGCAACUACGACAUACUCGAGGUGGUUCCCGGCAUGCACAACGUUGUCCUGCAUCCGGUCACCAUCAACGUCAACUUUCAACCGAAUUAUGUCAACGGGAAGUACAACUGGAAUUGAGGAGCGAGAAUGACGAGGGUAAAAAGGCUGUGAAGGUCAGGAAAAUUUUUAAGACUGAUAUAAGGUUUAUAUAGUCUAAAAAUUAAGGGAGUUUUGUUAUUUUUUAGAUGUUACUUUUUUAAGUUGGUGGUUGCAGAGCGUGCAAUAUGAGUUUUUAGUCCUUCAGUUGAUUACAGUUUCGACAGUAUUGUGUUGAAGGAACAGUAUUCACGGUUGGUAUUACUGUGGAACAAGUUGCAACUACUAAACCAUUCUACCAAUAUAUUCAUUGUUAAUUCAUAGUAUUUUAACGUACUUCUGUGUAUAACUUUUAUAAAAAUAAUAAAGGACUAUUGUUUAAUAAAAA